AUGAGAUGCCUAAGAGCCCUUAUCUUCUUUUUCUUCCUGAUCUCUCCACUCAAACCUAUCUCCACCGUCACAGUGCGUCCUCCAGCCGUCAUAAAGGCUGUAAAUUUGGGUGGAUGGCUUGUUACCGAGGGAUGGAUAAAGCCAUCCCUCUUCGACGGGAUCAUUAACAAAGAUCUUCUGGUGAGUCUCAAUAAUGUUCCAUUUAUCAGUUGGUAUGGUAUCUACCUGUAUUGAGGUCGGAUUAAAUGGGUGGCAGGAUGGAACCCAAAUCCAAGUGUUCUCUGUCGCUCGUGGGAAGUACCUCUCUGCUGAGAACGGUGGCGGGAGCAUCAUCGUGGCUAAUCGGUUCCUCCCCUCUGGCUGGGAAACCUUCACAGUUGGUGACUUUGUUCAUAUCAUUAUUCGAGAUUUAUAUCGCACACUUUAUUACUGACAUUUAUAAGAACGAAGGAUGUUUGAGAUGAAAAGAGGCUAACCUGAUGGCUCCACCUGAAAUCACAGCUAUGGAGGGUCGACUCGACCCACUUCCAGUUCCGGGUUUUCUUGAAGCAAUUUGUCGGUGUGAACACCGGCGGCAAAGCGGUAGCUGUAAUAACGCAGCCAGGACCUUUGGAGACCUUUGAGAUUGUGAGGAACACAGGGGACCCCAACCGAGUCCGCAUCAGGGCAUCCAACGGGCUCUUCUUGCAGGCCAGGACGGAGAGUUCCGUGACCGCGGACUUCACCGGCAAUAGCAGCUGGGGAAAUGACGAUCCAUCAGUGUUCUGGAUGAGGAAUUUGGGGACCAUGCGAGGGGAGUACCAGGUGACCAACGGCUACGGUCCCAGCAGGGCCCCCACGGUCAUGAGGGUGAGGAAAAGAUGACCCCCCUCCCUCCUCUCCUUUUUUAGUGAAGAUCUUCACACCAAAGGUGGAAACUGUGAUGCUUCUGUCGCAGGAGCACUGGCAGAGUUUUAUCGUUGAGCAGGACUUCAAAUUUAUGAAAGACAAGGGGCUCAACACGGUCAGGAUUCCGGUGGGGUGGUGGAUCGCCAGCGACCCUACUCCACCGCCACCGUUUGUGGGUGGUUCCCUGGCAGCUCUGGACAAUGCAUUCUCCUGGGCAGAGUAAGCAAAAUUAAUCCUAGGAAACUUCCCCUUGCUCAAUAGAUGAUGACGAAAUGGUUUCGCUAUGUCCAGUAAGUAUGGCCUUAAGGUGAUCAUCAACCUUCACGCUGCCCCGGGUUCCCAAAAUGGUUAUGAGCACAGCGGCACUAGAGAUGGUCGCAUCGAGUGGGGGGUGGCCGCCGGCAGCGUAGAAAAGACGGUGUCUGUCAUUGAGUUCCUCAGCCAGAGGUUGACGUUCGCAAUAUUGAAUAACUCGAUUGAAUCUUUGUAUGAUUGAAGAAAGUUUUCUAAUCGUGGAAAGACCGCCGACAGGUAUGCCGGAAGACCCAGCCUGAUUGCAGUGGAGCUCAUCAACGAACCGAGGGCAGAAGGGGUCCCAUUUGACAAACUGAAGAGCUACUACCAGGCUGGCUACGACGCCGUGCGUAGGCACACAACCACUGCCUAUGUGAUCAUGUCCGCUCGGUUGUCCGCUGACGAUACGGAGUUCAUUCCGUUUGCCAGCAGCCUCGACGGCACCGUCCUCGACGUUCACUACUACCAUGUUUACUCCAUCAUGUUUCUUGGAUGGACGGCGCAGCAGAAUAUCAACUACGUGUACAAAGAUAGGGCCAGCCAGCUCGCUGCCCUCACCAAGUCCAAUGGGGGCCCUCUCUCUUUCGUUGGUAAGAGUCACCAAAACCGAGCCACCAUGGACGUUGGAAUAGUUUUUCUUAUAUCUUACACCAUUUAUUAUCGUUGUGGCUGUAGGGGAAUGGGUUGCCGAGUGGAACGUAAUUGGUGCGACGCCAGAUGACUACCGGAGGUUUGCUGAAGCGCAGCAGAAGGUCUUCAAUAAUGCCUCCUUUGGGUGGGCGUAUUGGACCUAUAAAAAUGUAAACAACCAUUGGAGCCUCCAAUGGAUGAUAACCAAUGGGUAUAUAACCCUUUUGUAA